AUGAUUUACAUCGACGACUGGGAUAUACCCUGCGAGAAGAUACGCUUAUCGAGUAGUGUCACUGGAAACGAGUCACCACGAGGCAACAAGGUUGAUACUCGAGGAUACAGCUCGAAACGGAUACCGUUUGGCUCGAAGGGAAGGAAGAGAGAGAGAAGGUACACAUUCGUGACUUGACACACUUUCAUGAAAAAGCCGCUCCUGACACCACGUCGACUACGCUAUAUAUUUCCGUUAGAUCAUCCAGCGACUGCAGUCUUCGUGUGUUUUUCCACAAGAAUAGUGGUGUCUGUUGAAAAUUCGCAAACAUGAAUAACCGAGAUGUUGUGAUUGUUUCAGCUGUUAGAACUUCCAUAGGAUCAUUCUGUGGAUCUCUGUCUCAUCUGAAAGCAUCACUGCUUGGAAGUAUUGUUAUUAAGGAAAGCUUGGCAAAAAUUGGAUUAGAUGGGGCAGAUGUUUCUGAAGUUAUUAUGGGACAGGUUUAUGCUGCAACAGAAGGCCAAAACCCUGCAAGACAGGCUGCAAUAUAUGCUGGCAUACCCAAUCAUGUACCAGCUUAUCAGAUCAAUAUGUUGUGCGGCUCUAGUUUAAAGUCUGUGAUAAAUGGUUAUACUUCUAUAAAAUCAGGAGAGAGUGAUAUAGUUGUAGCUGGUGGUCAAGAAAACAUGAGUAGAACACCACAUGCCAUCCAUCUCAGGAAUGCUGUCAAAUAUGGAAAUACUAAUUUGGUUGAUACACUGAUAGAGGAUGGUUUAACAGAUGCCUUCCAUAAUAUUCAUAUGGGAAUCACAGCUGAGAACCUUGUGGAAAAAUAUGCAAUAAGCAGAGAGUCACAGGACGAAUAUGCGAGUAAAUCUCAACAGAAAGCAGAAGCUGCCAUUAUUGCUGGACAUUUUAAAAACGAAAUUGUUCCAGUGAUUAUUGAAAAGAAGAAAGAGAUUAAUGUCAUUUCUCAAGACGAAUUUCCGAGAUUCCAGACGACUGUGGAAAAGCUGGCUAAGUUAAAACCAACAUUUAGACCGGAAAACGGCACGAUUACUGCCGGUAAUGCAUCUGGUAUGAGUGAUGGUGCAGCUGCUUUAGUUUUAAUGUCUCAAGAAGCUGCUGCAAAUAAAGGAAUAACACCAUUAGCCAAUAUCGUUGCAGUUGCGCAAGUUGGAGUUGAACCACGAAUUAUGGGCAUUGGGCCAGUUGAUGCUAUCAUAUCAGUUUUGAAGAAAGCAAAUUGGACGAAAGAAGAAGUAGACUAUUAUGAAUUAAAUGAGGCCUUUGCAGCGCAAGCGAUUGCGUGUAUUCAAGAGCUCGGGUUAGAUCCUGAGAAAGUUAAUGUCAAUGGUGGCGCUAUCGCCUUAGGUCAUCCCCUUGGUGUAUCAGGAGCAAGAAUACUGGUCACUUUGUUACACAUUCUAAAAAGAACUGGAAAGAAAAAAGGUGUCGCGUCUUUAUGCAUUGGAGGGGGUAUGGGCAUUGCUAUUGCUAUUGAAAGAAAAUAACGAAUGUCUCUUUUAUCUAAUAACAAGUUUAAAGAUCUUUAAACUUAAAACUUUAAACUUAAAAAUUUAAACUUAUAAAGUUAAAAGAUCUUUUUUACGAAAAUAGCGUUUAUUUUAUGUUAUAUGAUUAUCUUGGAGACAUUCGUUAUCUUGAGGUUUUUUCUAAUGUAUUAAAGUAUUAUACCAUACAGUUUUAGAAGAUGAUGGACAGUUGAGUAUUUUUAUACUGUGAUUUAUACAAAGAUGUAUAAAGAAUAUGUAUAAAGAUAUAUUUAUAUACAUAUAUAUAAAAUAUUGCAAUAUUAAGCUUCUCACAGGCUAUAAAGUAUACAGGAAGAGUAAAAUAUGAAGUAAAAGCAAAGUUUCUAAUGCUAUAUAUAAUUAAAUCACAAUCGUUUAUUUGAACGAUACAUUAUACGUAGCGUCAUUCGAGUUCCUAUGUGCGGGUAAUAAAAAGGGUAUUAAACUAAA